UGUUUCUGAACCCGGAUGACGUGCAGGAGACGUUUUACCUUUUACAGCGACCGUAAAAGCACAACUUUCAUUUAAAUUUACUCUUUAGGAAAACGGCUUUAUAUAUAUUUUUGUGUGUGCCUAAUAGCUUAACAUUUAACCGUCCCCUCGUUCACUUUUAAGCAUUUAAAAGGUGUAAACAUCACUAGCAGGGUGUUUAGCAUGGCGGCUGUUGACAGCUUUCACCUUUUGUACAGAGACAUUUCUCGGUCUUGCAGCUCUCACUUCGAGGCUCUGGCCUUGAUCGGGGCUCUGUACACGGCCAGCAAAGCAGUUGUCCUGCUGAGAGACUGCUGCAUGGUAGUUAGGGUCCAUUUCCUGCCGAGGAUGUUGCCCAGUCGUGGGAAGCUGACCCAAAGAUAUGGGGAAUGGGCUGUUAUUUAUGGUGCAUCUGAACCAGUAGCUCACGCAUAUGCAGAGCAGCUAGCUCAGAAUGGCGUCAGCAUCAUCUUCAUCACUGAAGACGGUUCCACUGUGAGAGACGCCGUUGCAUUCCUUUCCCAAACUUAUGGGGUGGAGACUUCCGUUGUCACUGCAAGUUUCUCUCUGGGCCAAGCACCGAUCAAACCCUUAUUAGAAGCUUUGAGCGGUAAAGAUAUUGGCUUCCUGGUGAACUGUGUGGAGGAAAUAUCGGCCUCACCCAAAAGCCUGUUAGAGAUUCCUGAGCAGGGUGUGUUGGAUCAGGUGAAUAGAAACGUCACUGCUGCUACUCUGGUUGCCAGACUGGUGCUGCCAGGGAUGGUGGAGCGCGGCAGAGGGGCUGUAGUUAAUAUAUCUUCAGGGACCUGCUGCAGACCCCUACCUGGAAGAGUUCCACUCACGGCCUUUGCUGGGUAUCUGGAUCAUUUCUCAAGAGCUCUUCGUUUUGAGUACAGCAACAAAGGAAUCUUUGUUCAAAGUCUGAUUCCUUUGCAGAUAGCUUCAAGCAGAGAUCAGUCAUCUUCUUCAAGAGAAGGAUUGUUUGCUCCAAGUCCGGGGAUCUAUGCUCGACACGCUAUUUCCACCCUGGGGGUCUCCAACAGAACCACAGGCUACUGGCCUCAUACACUUCAGUAUGGACUAAUGAGAUGUAUUCCUGAGUGGAUUUGGAUUCUGGCGUCUCGGAUGUUCCUCAUCUGAAGCUAAAACCUGAAAAAGACUCUUACUGGAUCUCGUUACACAAGAAUGUUGUUCGACAUUCUUCUGACAGUAUUUAUUUAUAAUAAACCCCAACAUUCUAAAGUUGGUGUAUGAAAUUGUUCUAAAUUGAUGAAGAAAUCUACCAUUAAAAUGAAUGAGUUUAAAACAAUGAGUGUGAAGCACAGGUUACAAUUUAGUUUAAAUCUUGGUAGAUAUGAAUGUAAAGUUUUGUCUAUUGAAAGACGGAACCAACAGCACUACAGUUUUCUUUGACAAAAAUAAUAGGUACUCGGUACAUCAGGUAAACUGAUGUUUUCUAUUUUCUUUCUUUGUGCUUAAAAACGUAUCAAGAAGAUUUUGCAGAAUUGCUUGGUUGCUUUCUGUUUUUUACAGCCUAGCUGCGUUCUAGUUUUAGGCUUUUAAAUGAGGAAAAAUAAAAAGUCGUUAUGGAUUAGUGCAGACAUUCCUACAGAGGUCAGGGGUCAGGCUUUGAAUACCUGCCCUGUCAGGGAAGGAAGGAACAAGGAAUAAAGUCUGUAAAUAACUAUAUUUUAUUACUUUUUUUCCAUUAUCCACCAAACUUGGAAACAUACUAGCAGUAAAUUCCAAACUUUUUCGGAGUCUACAGAGAGAUAAAAUGCAUU